UUUAAAUUAAGAUGGUUAAAAGCAGCAAUUUUCUUCUGCGUAGUGAAGUUUCAAAGCUGGAUUAAGUCAAUGUUCAGCUGUAAACGUUGGAAAGACCAAGCAUAACGUUCUGGUUAGGGUUAGGAACAUGUCAGCGUUACACAUGACCCCCAUUCCCAGGGGUUCGGAAUUCUGAGGUUCUACUGUAUUUUUUAAGUCCAAGUUUGCUUUUACUUUCGUUUCUCCCAGCUAGGGCUGGGAAAUUGAAACCUAGAGACCUUCUUGCACCUGCCUGUCAUCAGUGAUUAUGCAAACUUCUCUAAUGCACUUGAAUUGGCUAACGAUACUCAGGUGACAGACUCAGAGCCACACGCAGCAAACAUGCUUGACAGUCUUGUUACUCUGGCUGGAGCAGGCAUUGCAGCAGGGCUGACGAAGCGGAGCCGCUAUCCCAGUGAUCAGGGCGUGUGGGUCAGAGUCUCAGUCAUGGUUGGAUUUAUCCCUAUUGCUGUUGGAGCAACUGUUGGAUUAGGCGUUGUCACCGUUGCUGUCCCAGCAGCACUCGGGGCAGCAGGCUUUACUGGAGCAGGCAUUGCAGCUGGGACCCUUGCUUCCAAGAUGAUGUCAGCAGCGGCCGUAGCCAAUGGAGGAGGGGUAGCCGCUGGGAGUACUGUGGCAGUGCUGCAAUCUGUGGGUGCUGCAGGUCUUUCUCUUGCUACAAAAGGGGCGGUGACAGCUGUUGGGGGAGUACUUGGAUUCUUCUUUCCAAAGUGAGAGCUACGACUGUUCUUCCCUCUUCCUCCUGCAGGAACAGCCGCUGCAACCUGCCUCUUGCUUCUUCUGCCUUCUCAACAAAGAGCCCUUACAAUCUGUUUGGCUGGUGGCUGAAAUGUGAGAAAACAAUAAAAGCUUUUUGCUGAUUUAAA